AUGGCUUAUGGCAGUGAAAUGAACAUGCAAUUCACAGGCAACAGCUCUGAAUUUGAGGGAACUAAGCCUUUUGUGUGCCUUUUUUACUGUAUAGUGCUUACAAUUUUAGAUUUAAGUUUUGUGUAUCAUCAGAUUUGUCUUCUCUUCUUUCCUCCUAUAAUAACUCCAGUCAGAGCCCCCAGGGCAAAGUACACGAUAGUAGGAGAAGCUUUACGUUAUAUCGUCCCUGCACAUUUGCAAUGCUCAAUCGGCUGUGGAGGUCAAGACUGCAAGUAUGACAACCCAAGUUACUGGAGUGAUGCCCAACAGGCCAUUCAAGGCCUCUACUCAUCCUGGGUUACUGAUCAUCUUCUUGCUAUGUCCAGACCCUCAACAGAAAUCAUUGAGAAGUAUAACAUCAUCGAUCAGUUCAGAAGAACUGGUAUUAAAACGGUGAUCAACCUACAGACACCUGGUGAACAUGCCAGCUGUGGAAGCCCUCUGGAGCCAGAAAGUGGCUUCUCGUACCGCCCAGAGGUCUUCAUGGAACACAACAUUUAUUUCUACAAUUUUGCCUGGAGUGACUACGGAGUGGCCAACCUCACCACUGUGUUGGAUAUGGUGAAGGUCAUGGCCUUCGCACUGCAGGAGGGAAAGGUAGCAGUCCACUGCCAUGCUGGCCUUGGCAGAACAGGUGUGCUGUUAGCAUGUUUCUUGGCCUAUGCUACCAGGAUGACUGCCAACCAGGCUAUUUUAUUUGUACGUGCUAAACGCCCAAACUCCAUCCAGACCCGAGGUCAGCUGAGCUGUGUCAGAGAGUUUGUCCAGUUCCUUGCCCCCUUGAGGAGUGUCUUUUCCUGUGCUGAGCCUCGAUUCAACCGAGUCACCCUGUCCCAGUACCUGAACCGCCAAAGACACAUAUUGCAUGGCUAUGAGAGGAAGGAGCUGAGGUACCUCCCAAAGAUUAUCCAGUUAGUGUCUCGCUUGCUGUUGGACAUUGCAGAAAACCGACAGGUGAUUGAGGAAGACAUUCUGGAGGCCCCUGACAUCCAUGACUUAGAGAUGACUCUCAGUAUCAUUGAGGAGAUGGGCCCGGAGUUCUUUAGAAAAGAGCCCCGCUUACCAGGCGCACCCACAUUACCCAGACAUUUUAACGAGCCACCCAUCUUCUACCAUCGCAAAAGUCUGAGCUACAGCGAGUCCGACUUGAGACGACUGGGCUCACAGCUCAACCUCCUCACACAACCUCUCAGCUCCUUGUCGCAGAGCGAUGCUGAAUUAUCCAUUGCCCCAUCGGAGGCUGCUUGUGCUACAACCCAGCACUCAGGCUGGAACAGCAACAUGUCGGACGUUUCAGGUGGCUCAACAGGCCUUUCACACAACUCAACAGGCUCACUCUGGCAAGUCAAGAAUGUAGAAAACCAAAAAGAUGUAUCCAUUCUGCUGAAGAAAGUGAAGGGGAAAACCAUCCAACGCAGUGAGUCUGUGGGACACAACGAAAGUACCAAAUAUGCUACCAUGUUGUCCAGGUGGAAGGCAGAGCAGAGGGAAGAGUUAGGGAUGAAUGGGAAGAAGCCUCGAGUUACAGGGGAAGAGCAGUCAGAGAAGUCGGAGGUGCCCUUUAUUACCCUGCAGUCAGAGCUGUCCCUGGAGGCCAGGAGGUUGCUUGUGGCACAGUCCCUGGCAGUAGACCUUUUUCUUGAUGGAGAAGAAGAGCAUAGGACCAGAGUCUUGUCCUGGCAGGCAGAGCUGAACCAAGGCGGUGGCUGGGAGAGGCUGUGUAUGGAGCGGGAUCCCUUCAUCCUCACUGGGCUCAUGUGGGCAUGGCUGGAGCAGCUUAAAGAGCCGGUCAUCUCCAUCCAGGACGCCAAAGCCCUGAACCCUCUCACUGAUCCUCAAACUGUCCUCAACACACUUGACCAGGCCUCUAAACAAACAUUAACAUGCAUACUAGAUUGUAUGGCUCACAUGCUGGAGAUACCACAAGAGGUUGAAAAUGCAUUCCUGAAUCGUACCAUCAAGGCUUUCACCUGGCUGGACAAUAAAUCAGAGGAUGGAAGCAAAGUGUAUGAGUCCAUGACUGAAGUCCUACGGAGUGUCCUUGAGGAGAUGAGAUGCAUGGCCCUCAAAGCAGAUGAGACGCCAAUGUCUCCACCUACCUUCCCUUAAACAUAGAUACCACCAUUCAUCUUUAUGUGGUGCACCGCCUGUACCUCCAUGUGGAGGCAUGAGAGAGAGGAAGGGAUGCUUUUGUGCCUUG